UUUUUUUGAAAUCAAUAAUGAGUGUAUUUAAUAUAGUUAGAUAUACAGAGCCCCCACGCUAGUUUUGCCUCACGACAACUCAUGUUUUCUUUAAACAAUUGUUCAUGAUUUGUUCCGUCCCAUUACCCCCUAUCGAAUUGAAACUUUCUAAAAUCCCAUAAUCGGCUGUUUCAAAUUGACCAAGUUUUUAAUAUUAUUUUUACUAAAUUGUUCAAAGUCUUCUCCUUUUAGUUUAACAUUAUUGUCUACAUGUUUUGAAAGCGAGGCUGUAAUUUUUAUUCAAAAGAUCUUUCAUAACUUGUGUAGACCACAUGACUUUUUCUUUGAGUUACAAUUAACAGAAGAGGAAGAGGGAAAAAGUUUGUUUAUCGGUUUGAAGAUGAGUUCAAGAAUUGGAGCCUUUAUGCUCCUGAUCUUGCUUUGCCUCCCAUUUCUUUCUGUUUCGGCUAUCACAAAUGGUUUUGACUUUUCUGCUUUACAAGCCCUGAAGGCUGACUGGACAAAGUAUCCUGAAAGUUGGAAAGGUGCUGAUCCUUGUGGAACAAAUUGGGUUGGAAUUACAUGUACCAAUGACCGCGUUGUUUCAAUAUCACUAGGUAACCUUGACGUAGAAGGAAAGCUUUCCAGUGAUAUUGCAACCUUGUCUGAAUUAGAGAUCUUGGAUAUGUCGUACAACACUGGAUUGACUGGACCACUUCCAUCAAAUAUCGGUGGACUUAAGAAGUUGAAGAACUUGAUCCUCGUGGGAUGUAGUUUCACUGGUCAAAUCCCUGAGUCCAUUGGAGAUCUUGAACAACUUGUAUAUCUAUCCCUGAAUUUAAAUCAAUUAAGUGGAACAAUUCCAGCUUCCAUUGGACGGUUAUCAAACCUAUAUUGGUUUGAUAUAGCUGACAAUCAGAUUGAAGGAACGCUUCCAGUUUCUAAUGGGACUUCUUCACCUGGACUUGAUAUGCUUCUUGGAACUAAGCAUUUUCAUUUUGGAAAAAACAAGCUUUCGGGUGUUAUCCCAAAAACACUUUUCAGCUCAAAAAUGACUUUGAUACAUGUACUAUUCGAUGGGAACAACCUCACAGGGGAAAUCCCGGACACCCUUAGCCUCGUUAACACGUUGACAGUGUUACGCCUUGAUAGGAAUAAACUUACUGGCAAUAUUCCUACAACUCUUAAUAAUCUCACAAAUCUUCAAGAACUGUACUUGGCCAACAACGAAUUUACAGGUAGCCUUCCAAAUUUAACCAGCUUGACCAGUCUCUACACAUUAGAUGUAAGCAAUAACACUUUGGAACCCUCACCUAUACCAUCAUGGAUCUCUUCAUUGCCCUCCUUGGCAACAUUAAGGAUGGAAGGGAUCAAACUUUAUAAUCCAAUACCAAACUCAUUUUUCAGCCCUCCUCAGUUGCAGACAGUUAUUCUAAAGAGGAAUGAGAUAAAUUCAACGUUGGACUUUGGUACCAGCUAUAGCAACCAGUUGGAGUUUGUUGAUUUACAAUACAAUCAGAUAGAUGUUUAUAGACAACCAUCUUCUAACACACGCAUCCAAGUAAUAUUGGCAGGUAACCCAGUGUGUCUGGAGCUGGGCAACAGUGCAAGUUACUGCUCAGAAAUCCCAUACAAUACCUCUUAUUCUACGAUUCCGACAACCUGUCCUCCGUGUGAUCAGGGCAGGGAAGCGAAUCCUUCUUGCCGCUGUGCGUAUCCAUUCACAGGAACAUUCUAUUUCAGGGCUCCUUCCUUCUCAGGGUUAUUCAACACCACCAACUUUGAUAUUCUUCAGAAGAAUAUAACUGGUUUCUUCAAUAAGUUCAGUUAUCCAGUGGAUUCCGUAGCUGUCAGAAACAUAAGAGAGAACGCAGCCGAUCAUCAGCUUCUAAUCGAUCUUUUAGUCUUUCCAUUGGGCAGAGGGAGAUUUAAUGAGACGGAAAUGUCACUUGUUAAUUUUGCCUUUAGCAACCAGACUUAUAAGCCUCCUCCUAUAUUUGGCCCUUACAUUUUCAUAGCCGAUCCCUACACUAAGUUCUAUGAUGGAGGAAGUUCUAAGUCAUUAAACAUGGGCAUCAUAAUCGGAGCAGCAGUUGGUGGGGUGAUUCUUCUGUUGUUGUUAACUUUAGCUGGGGUUUACGCUCUCCGCCAGAGGAAGAGAGCAGACAGAGCAACUGAUCAAAAUAAUCCUUUCGGUAAGAGGAAAAAAGGUUUAGUACAAAAGAUUUAUCCCUUGAGACUGAAACUGCUGACUGCUUCUCUUUUGUAUGUUUCAGCCAAGUGGAGUACGAGCAAGAGCAGUAUUGAUGCUCCACAGCUAAUGGGAGCAAAAUCUUUUACUUUUGAAGAGAUGAAGAAGUGUACAGACAACUUUUCAGAGGCAAAUGAUGUUGGGGGUGGAGGUUAUGGCAAGGUUUACAGAGGGAUUCUUCCCUCGGGGCAACUCAUUGCAAUCAAAAGAGCUCAACAAGGAUCUUUGCAAGGAGGUUUGGAAUUCAAAACUGAGAUCGAACUACUUUCAAGGGUCCAUCAUAAAAACGUUGUUAGACUUUUGGGCUUUUGCUUUGAUCGAAGUGAACAAAUGCUUGUAUACGAGUACAUUCCAAAUGGCUCUCUUAGAGACAGUCUCUCAGGGAAGAGUGGGAUAAGACUUGAUUGGUUAAGAAGGCUCAGAAUAGCACUGGGUUCAGGGAAAGGCCUGGCUUAUCUUCAUGAGCUUGCUGAUCCUCCAAUUAUACACAGAGACAUCAAAUCAAACAAUAUAUUACUUGAUGAAAAUCUAACUGCAAAGGUUGCCGAUUUUGGCCUCUCCAAACUUGUGGGAGACCCUGAGAAAACUCAUGUGACAACACAAGUGAAAGGAACUAUGGGCUACUUGGAUCCUGAGUACUACAUGACAAAUCAGUUGACGGAGAAGAGUGAUGUGUAUGGGUUUGGUGUGGUGAUGCUUGAGCUAUUAACCGGUAAAAGUCCAAUAGAGAAAGGUAAAUACGUGGUGAGAGAGGUGAAGAUGAAGAUGAAUAAGUCGAGGAGUUUGUAUGACCUGCAAGAACUGUUGGACACGACAAUCAUCGCAAGCAGCAGCAACCUUAAAGGGUUUGAGAAGUACAUAGAUUUGGCUCUGAGAUGCGUGGAGGAGGAAGGAGUGAAUAGACCAUCAAUGGGUGAUGUUGUGAAAGAGAUUGAGAACAUAAUGCAACUUGCUGGUUUAAACCCGAACGUGGAUUCAGCAUCGACUUCAAGUACGUACGAGGAAGCAACCAAAGGAUCCGGUGAUCCGUAUGGCAAGGACUCUUUCCAGUACAGUGGGAAUUUCCCAUCUUCAAAGCUCGAACCCCAAUGAUCGAGUUUUUUUGAUAUUUUGUAAUUGAUUUCAUACGUGAAAUGCCUUGUGAAUGUGGUGGAUUGCAUGAUUUAAUUUGUUGCUAUGUCAAUAGUUUGUAAAAGUAUGCACGGCUAAUUUUUAUUUGUGUGAUAAAUUUUUUGGUGUUA